AUGAACGGAGAGGUCAAGGACCCUUCAGCCUUGAAGGAGGAGGGAAACGCACAUUUUAAAUCGGGGAAUUUAGAGGCAGCUCUUUCGUGUUACACUAAAGCCUUAAAACUGAGUAAAAACGAAGUAGACUGUGCUGUUUUGUAUCGCAACCGCUGUGCCUGCUUUCUAAAACGAGAGGAGUACAGCAAGGCAGAGGAGGAUGCUUCUAAAGCUCUUGAUACGGAUCCAUCUGAUGUUAAAGCAAGGUUUCGGAGGGCUCAGGCUUAUCAAAAACUGGGUCGUUUGGAUCAAGCUUUUGUAGACACACAGAGAUGUGCCCAGCUGGAACCCAAAAACAAAGCCUUCCAGGAUCUACUCCGACAACUAGGGGCAGAAAUUCAGCAAAAGUCUGCACAGCAGAACUCCACAGAUGCCCGAGUGCAGCAAAUGUUCACUCUUCUGAUGGAUGACACUGCAAAAGACACUGAUCGGCAAAAGGCAGCUCAGAAUCUGGUGGUGUUGUCCAGAGAAGAUGCAGGAGCUGAGCAGAUAUUUCAAAAUGAUGGAGUGAAGUUAAUUGAAAAGCUUCUCAAGGCAAAACACGAUGAUAUUGUUCUCUCUGCUUUGAGGACACUUGUUGGACUAUGCACCGGUCACCAGUCUAGGACCAUGGCUAUAGUGAACGAGUUGGGAAUGCAUCAACUUUGUGCUGUAAUGGGAUCUGGAGACUCCACUGUUUCUCUCGCUGCCUGCCAUCUGCUGCAGGUAAUGUUUGAGGCUCUGACUGAAGGCAUGAGGAGAGACUUUAGAGGGAAAGAAGAGGCUAUACUUCCAGAACCCUCUAAAGAGCUUCGUUCAAUGCUGCGCCAUCUUUUGGAUAUGCUGCCAGCUGCAAAUGUGUCAGGGCCUGGCAGAGACAAUGCUAUCAACCUCUUAGUGAAGCAGGUUCCGCGCAAGUCGUUAAAAAACCCAGACAACUCCCUCACCUUAUGGGUCAUUGAUCAAGGUCUGAAAAAGAUUUUGGAAGUAGCUGGAACGGUCGCAGAGCUUUCAAAAGGACCACCACUGACGGAUAACUCCCACAUGAGCUGUUCUGUCCUGCUUACCAAAUUGUAUGAUGACCUAAAAAGUGACAAAGAAAGGGAGAACUUUAACAAACUAUCUGAAGAAUAUGUCCAGCAACACUUUAAUCUGUCAGUGCUGGAAGCUAAGCUGCGAGCCAUCCAGACUGUCUCUGUCCUACUUCAGGGACCAAGUGAAGUUGGGAACAGAACUUUGGAAAUGUCAGGAAUGAUGGAUGCUGUGAUAGCUCUGUGUGCGUCCGAAGAUGUAAUUCACCAGCAGGUAGCGGUAGAAGCUCUCAUCCACGCCGCUGGGAAAGCCAAGAGAGCGUCAUUUAUCACAGCCAAUGGAGUGGCACUGCUAAAGGACCUCUACAAGAAGAGCGAGAACGACCGGAUCCGCGUGCGAGCUCUGGUGGGUUUGUGCAAGCUCGGAUCGGCUGGAGGGACAGAUUUCAGCAUGAAGCAGUUUGCAGAGGGAUCCACGCUAAAGCUGGCAAAGCAGUGCCGAAAGUGGCUUUGUAAUGAAUCGCUACCUCCAACGUCCCGGCGCUGGUCUGUCGAGGGGCUUGCUUAUCUCACGUUUGACGCAGAUGUGAAGGAGGACUUGGUUGAAGAUAAGAACGCUCUCCAGGCCAUGUUCGAACUAGCAAAGUCCGAGGAUAAGACUGUCUUGUUUGCGGUGGGUUCUACUUUGGUAAACUGCACCAACAGCUACGACGUGGAGAAACCAGACCCUCAAAUGGUGGAGCUGGCCAAGUACGCCAAGCAGCACGUACCUGAGGAACACCCUAAGGAUGCCCCUGCGUUUGUGGAGAAGAGGCUCAUGAGGCUGCUUGAUGCUGGAGUGGUGACUGCGCUGGUGUGUAUGGUCAAAAAUGAAAGUCCAGCUCUUACAGAGGCUUGUAGAGAAUCUAUUGCCAGGGUGUUUUUGGCUUUGGUAAUGCGUCAGGAGGACAGAGGCACUGUGGUUGCACAGGGCGGUGGAAAGGCUCUAAUCCCACUAGCUACUGAAAACACAGACAUGGGUAAAGUAAAAGCAGCCCAGGCCUUGGCAAAAAUAACCAUUACAUCAAACCCAGAAAUUGCGUUCCCAGGAGAAAGGGUUUAUGAGGUGGUGCGUCCGCUCGUCAGUCUUUUGAGUCUGGAAUGUACCAUGCUACAAAACUUUGAAGCUCUGAUGGGGCUCACCAACCUGGCUGGCAUCAGUGAGAGACUCAGGCAAAAAAUUAUCAAAGAGAAAUCCUUACCAAAGAUUGAAGGCUACAUGUUUGAGGAGCAUGACCUUGUCCGAGCUGCUGCCACUGAGUGUAUGUGUAAUCUUGUGCUGAGUGAAGAGGUACAAAAGCUGUAUUUGGCAACAGGAAAUGAUCGCCUAAAGCUGCUGGUGCUGUACAGUGGAGAGGAGGAUGAGAGACUUCGUAGAGCCGCUUCAGGAACACUGGCCAUGUUGACAGCUGAGCAGCCAGAGCUGUGUGUGCGCAUCCCUGAAACUACAUCACACUGGCUGGAGAUCUUUCAGGCUCUGCUCCUUUGUGAAAUUCCAGACCUGCAACAUCGAGGUGUUGUCAUCGUGCAAAACAUGAUUCUAGCGGACAAGAGUUUGACUGAAAAAUUGAUUGAAAGUGAGGCUUUAGAAAUCCUAACAGUUUUAGCCAAGGGAGAAGGAGGUGUAAACAGCCAAGUCUCUAAGGUCGCCCAAAACUGUCUGGACACAGCUAUUGAGAAAGUGUCAUCGGCAUUGCCUCAAAUCCGAGCAAGUUGGAGCAGAAGGCUAUCGUUACAGCUGGAUGAUGAAAGUGGCGUGUUCCUAGAUGGCUUCAGGGGACUAGGAGCUAAAGAGUGCUGCAGUUUCAUAGAGAAAAGUCGUGGAUGCAAAGACAUUACAAACAAUGAGUCGCUGUUGCUCAUCAUGUUUCAGGACAGAGUUGAGGUGUGGGAUUUUGAGAAGAGCGAGGAUGGUCCAGUGUGGAGCAUGGACACUGACAAAUCUGAUCCACCUUUGAAGCUCCCUUUAGUUCCUGAAGGCUACAUCUCCUUAAAGCCGCCUUUCUAUCGCCCCUUAUCCCCUCAUCUUCAAGCCAAGAGCCUCGCCUUGGGGCCAGAGCAUGUGGUUCUUCUGAGCGCUACUGGAGCGGUGUACACUUGGGGACAGGGCAGCCAUGGUCAGUUGGGACAUGGCAUUCUUACCUCCGAGCAGGAGCCCAGGGCAGUGGAGGCUCUCUGGGGAGUACCCAUGAAAGCUGUAGCUGCAGGAGGUUGGCACUGCUGUUGUAUCAGUGCUACUGAUGAUCUUUACGUGUGGGGCUGGAAUGAGAUUGGCCAGCUCGGACUCCCUUCACGGGGUGUCAGAAGAGCACAGCAGCAAAACAGCCAUAACAAAGAUACAGCCAAACAACCUCAUAAUGCUGACGUGAGGCCAGAAGAUGACCAGACACAAACCGAGGAGGACAAGGAUGUGUUCAUAUCUAUUCAAGCAUUCCCCGCUCUCCUUGACCUAAACCCUCCAUGUGAAAUAAAGGUUGUUAGUUGUGGCUCCAGACACACUGCUGCAGUUACAACUGAAGGGGACCUCUAUACCUGGGGUUGGGGAGAAUAUGGACAACUUGGACACCAGGACUUGAUGAGUUCAGACGAGCCUCAGUGUGUGGCGUAUUUUAAGGAGCACCAGCUGCAUGUCACGGACGUUGUCUGUGGGGCAUGGAACACCUUUGCUGCUGUGGUCAAACAGGAAGAAGUACAGAAAUCCCCUUGUUGCUAA